AUGCUCAGGACCUCGGGGCUGGCCCUGCUGGCUCUGGUCUGUGCUGUGGGCUCAAGCCAGGCCAGUGGCUUCACAGAAAAAGGCCUCUCCCUGUUGGGCUACCGGCUGUGCAGCUACCGUGUGACCCACACUGUGCAGAAGGUGGAGGCUGUGCAGACGUCCUACACGACCUAUGCGUCCUGCGGUGGCUGGAUCCCCUGGAGGCGGUGCCCCAAGACUGUUUAUCGGACCCAGUACCUGGUAGUGGAGGUUCCCGAGUCCAGGAAUGUGACCGACUGCUGUGAGGGCUACGAGCAGCUCGGCCUCUACUGUGUCUUGCCUCUGAAUCAGUCCAGGGAGUUCACAUCAAGACCCGGGGUCUGCCCCGCAGAGGGGCCUGAACCAUCCACCUCCCCCUGCAGCUUGGACACCGACUGUCCUGGACUUGAGAAGUGCUGCCCCUGGUCAGGGGGGCGCUGCUGCAUGGCCCCUGCACCCCAAGCUCCAGAGAGGGGCCCCGUGGGCUCCUGGUACAACGUCACCAUACUGGUGAAAAUGGACUUCAGGGAACUCCAGCAAGUGGACCCCAGGCUCCUGAACCACAUGCGCCUUCUGCAUUCCUUGGUCACCAGUGCCCUGCAACCAAUGGUCUCCACCAUCCACCACCUGCACUCGGCCCCUGGGGACGCCUCCACCACGGUGUCAUGGCUGCUGCUGGGCCUGCUGCAGCCACUGCCUGUGGCCGACGUCUCUGCCCUGCUGGGUGACAUUGCGAAGCGUGUCUAUGAAGUGAUCAGCGUCCAGGUGCAAGAUGUCAAUGAGUGUUUCUACGAGGAGCUCAACGCCUGUUCUGGAAGGGAACUGUGCGCAAACCUGGAGGGCUCGUACCAGUGCGUCUGUCACCAGGAAGCUCCAGCCACGUCUCCGCGGAAGCUCAACCUGGAGUGGGAAGAUUGUCCUCCACUCAGUGACUACGUGGUCCUCAACGUCACCAGUAGCAGUUUUCAAGUAUCCUGGCGUUUAAAUUCUACGCAGAACCACACUUUCCAUGUCUGGGUUUACCGGGGUACGGAGUUGCUCAGGAGCGUCAGGACACAGGGCCAGGCACUGGCGGUGGCUGGGCUGGAGGCUGGAGUGCUGUACAGGGUGAAGACCAGCUACCAGGGGUGUGGGGCCGACGUCUCCACCACGCUGACGGUCAAAACUGAUGCCCAGGUAUUUGAAGUCACAAUAAAGAUUGUAAACCACAACCUGACAGAGAGGUUACUCAACCACAGCAGCAUGGAGUUCCAGGACUUUUCUAGACAACUGCUUCACGAGGUCGAGAGCUCCUUCCCGCCGGCGGUGUCUGACUUGUACCGAGGUGGGAAACUGAGGAUGCAGAUCGUGUCUCUCCAGGCCGGAAGCGUGGUCGUGAGGCUCAAGCUCACCGUGCAGGACCCUGGGGUUCCCGUGGGUGUCUCCACGCUGGCCCCCAUGCUCCGGCCCCUGUUGGCAAGUACGGUGUUCCAGAUUGACCGGCAGGGGACACGUGUGCAAGACUGGGACGAGUGUGUGGACAGCACAGAGCACGAUUGCUCGCCGGCUGCCUGGUGCAUCAACCUGGAGGGCUCCUACACCUGCCAGUGCCGCACCACCAGGGACGCCACCCCUUCCCGCGCAGGCCGGGCCUGUGAGGGUGACCUGGUGAGCCCCACGGACAAUGGGCUGUCUGCGGCGACAGGGGUAACGGCCCCAGCUCUUGGCACGGGAACAGCAGCCCUCGGCCUAGAGAACUUCACCUUGUCACCCAGCCCUGGGCACCCUCAGGGCACCCCGGCAGCAGGCCAGGACUGGGCCCCAGGGCCCCCGCCCAGGAGAGGAGGCAGCAGUGUGGUCGGGUAUGACAGGAACAGCACAGGAAAAGGCGAGGAGCAGGAACUACUGGGAAAUUCCACCAUGGAGCCACUCUCCUGGCUUUCCCCUACUGAGGACUCCACCAGCCACGUCGUGUGGCAUGCCACCCGUUCCACCUGGGAAACACUUCUGAAUCCCACGUGGCUGCAAAAUGAGGACAGUGGACCCUCCGGUUCUGUCGACCUGCCAUCGACCCCCACCCUCACACCUCUGAAGACCCCCGCCUGUGUUCCCGUCUCCAUUGGGAGGAUCGUGGUCUCCAAUGUGACCAGCACAAGCUUCCACCUGGCGUGGGAGGCAGGUCUUGCUUUGGACUCCGCCUUCCAGCUCACUCUGACUUCCGCAUGGAGCCCCACCAUGGUCCUGGAGACCUGGAACACGAGUGUGACGGUGUCGGGGCUGGAGCCUGGCAUCUUGCACCUGGUUGAGAUCGUGGCCAAAGCAUGUGGGAAAGAAGGUGCCAGAGCUCAUCUGAAAGUGAGGACAGCGGCCCGGAAGCUCAUUGGACAGGUCAGAAUCGCAAAUGUCAGAUACUCAGAAUCCUUUCGAAACGCAAGCAGCCAGGAGUAUCGAGAUUUCCUAGAACUGUUCUUCAGGACGGUGCGGGGCUCCCUGCCAGCCACGCUGCGUCAGCACAUGGACGCCGGCGGGGUCAGGAUGGAAGUCGUCGGCGUCACCAAUGGCAGCGUCGUGGUGGAGUUUCACUUGCUGAUAAUCGCAGAUGUGGAUGUCCAGGAGGUGUCAGCUGCAUUCCUCACCGCCUUCCAGACCGCGCCUCUGCUGGAGGUGAUCAGAGGCGACACCUUCAUACAGGAUUACGAUGAGUGUGAAAGGAAAGAGGACGACUGUGUGCCCGGGACAUCCUGUCGAAACACCCUCGGGUCUUUCACUUGUAGCUGUGAGAGAGGAGCCCCCGAUUUCCCUGUGGAAUAUUCUGGCAGACCCUGUGAAGGUGACUCUCAUGGCAACGAAACCUGGGCCACCAGCCCAGAGAGGCCUCUCACCACAGCAGGGACCAAGGCUGGCUUUGUUCAAGACACCAGCCCCACCCCACAAGGCCUGCCCCGGCGGCUGAACCUGACGGGAGCAGUCAGGGUGCUCUGUGAGAUCGAGAAGGUGGUUGUCGCCAUCCAGAAGCGCUUCCUGCAGCAGGAAUCCAUCCCUGAGUCCUCGCUGUACCUGAGCCACCCCUCCUGCAACGUGAGCCACAGCAAUGGCACACACGUGCUCCUGGAGGCCGGCUGGAGCGAGUGUGGGACCGUCAUGCAGAGCAAUGUGACGAACACCGUGGUGAGGACCACGCUGAGGAACGACCUGUCCCCGGAGGGCAUCAUCCACCACCUGAAGAUCCUGAGCCCCAUCUACUGUGCCUUCCAGAAUGAUCUGCUGACGUCCUCCGGCUUCACCCCGGAGUGGGGGGUUUACACCAUCAUUGAGGACCUCCACGGCGCUGGAAAUUUUGUUACCGAAAUGCAGUUGUUUAUCGGGGACUCUCCCAUACCUCAGAAUUAUAGCGUGUCUGCCAGUGACGACGUCAAGAUCGAAGUGGGGCUCUACAGGCAGAAAAGCAACCUCAAGGUGGUCCUGAUGGAGUGCUGGGCAACCCCGUCCAGCAACGCCCGGGACCCGGUCACCUUCAGCUUCAUUAACAACAGCUGCCCGGUGCCCAACACAUACACCAGCGUGAUUGAGAAUGGCAACUCCAGCAAGGCUCAGUUCAAGCUGAGGAUCUUUUCCUUUAUCAACAACUCCAUCGUCUACCUGCACUGCAAACUCCGCAUCUGCAUGGAAUCCCCCGGGGCCACGUGCAAAAUCAAUUGCAAUAACUUUCGGUUGCUGCAAAAUAGUGAAACCUCUGCCACACACCAGAUGUCCUGGGGACCCCUCGUCAGGUCUGAAGGUGAGCCUCCACGUGCAGAAGCAGGCCUGGACGCCAGUUAUGUGGUCCUCCUUGUGGUGGCCAUCUUUACGCUGGUGGCGGGGGCAGCCACCUUUCUGAUUGUGCACUACCGGAGAAUGAAUGGGAGAUACAACUUUAAAAUCCAGUCCAACAACUUCAACUACCAGGGGUUCUACGAAUAGGAGGCGCAGGCUGACAGGAAGGUUGCGGUGAGUCAACCUGCCUCCAGAACCUUGGAGCUUCCCUGGCGGGCUCCCCUGGCAUCCCCAGUGUCUCUCUGCACCUCCACCCAUCCCUCGGUUCUUAACUCUUCAAGCCUUAACGGGGGUCUGCUCUGACGGAUGUGCUCUGCCAGCGCCUGGGUGAACCCAGAGGGGAUGACAGCAGCCACCACCUGCCCCCAAGAGGCAGGCCAUCCUGUAGGUCUUAGAGGAGCCACAGUCCACAGGCAGAUGAAGGGGCUAUGGGAGACAGGGGCAGUGCUGGGGGUGCUCUGGCUCCACCACCACCCAUGCAACCCCCACAGCCCAGACCUCCCAGACCUGGGACCCUCCACACCAGCCCACCGAACCCUCCUGGGCUUGUUCUCGCUUGGCGUCCAUCACCCCUUUGGCAAAUAUAGAAUAUUUCACAUUCUC